AUGCAAACUCAAACUAUACUUAUAGUAGGUUUUAUAUGGAUUCUAGCAAGUAUUUCUUAUUGCAGUGGAGAUACAUGCUAUUGCAGAUGCUGUGCCGGUAAUUUUUGUACACCCACUUUACAAGGCACCAUUAUUAUUCCAUCAUGUGGUUCAUCUUGCAAAUCGGAAUGUCAAAGAAAAUAUCCAACACAAUGUGCAAGUGGAUCCGGUAGUGCCAAUUAUCAAUGUACGAGUGGUGGAGGUGGCGGUGGCAGUGAAACUCCUAAUUGGACUGGUACAUUUGUUGUACAAAAUAGAUGUGACAAAAUUUCCUGCUGUUGUCCUGCUAACGAGAUAAUUCUUUCAUCUGCAAGUGCGAAUACACUGCGUAUUCAAAGUCGAUUUACAUGUCUUGAUGUAACAGUUUCGCUUAACGACACCAUUCAGACUCCUAGUGGUUUCAGUACCACGCUGUUAUUUGCUGGAGACCCAAUUUAUAUUACAAUUAGUCAAGACAGUCGUACGAUUCAAUUAAACAAUGCAGUAUCUCCUGAAUGUAGCGAAGUUGCUGUACGAAAUGAACCUCUAUCGACCUCAACGAUUGGAGAUACAUCCAAUGCUACCAUCAAUUUGACAUUCGUUCCUCUGUUGGAAUAUACAACUGAUGGUAUUCAAAUGGAUUUGAAUUUUACUAAACUAAAAGAUAAUGAUUGGCCUAUUGUACUCGAACAAAUACAAAAUAAAGAUUAUCCUUUACGAGGUUUAUCAUUAUCAUGGGAUACAACUAGUAAUAAAAUGAUCGAGCCUGGUUUUAUUCAAUUUAUUAAAAUAAUUGAAAAUCAUACAACAUUGAUUCAUUUCAAAAUCAGAUUAUAUUCCAUUUCUGAUAAUACGAAAACAAAUUUUUUAUUAGGCGCAUUGAAAAAGAAUCGUUCGAUCAAAAAUUUAUCCGUAAAUGCAACUGACGUUAAUCAACAAACAACAAAAGCAUUUUCAGAAGUAUUGAAAGAUAAUCAAUCGAUACUUUCACUCGAUUUUUAUAACUGUAAUUAUGCCGAUCCUCGUGAACCUGCAUAUCCUAUGUUUGAUGAUUGUGCUACUAACUUAUCUAAUUCAUUUACAACAAGCGUUCUUCAACGACUUAAAAUCGGUGAUAUUGAUGAUAGAACCUUCAAGAUAUUACUGCCAUCAUUAGUAAAAACGUUGCAUGUUCUUGAUUUAUCUGGAAACAUGAAUUAUACACCAGAUAUUUCUACCUUCCAAUCUCAUCUUCAAUCAAAUGAUAAUACCUUGAAAGUAUUCAUUCUCAAUUCUUCCCGAUUUGAGAAGUUCAAACAAUCAGAAUUGUCUUCAAAAAUUCAUGUUGUUAAUCGUGAUAGUUUUCUUGGCAAAUUAUUUUCUCUCGAAGGUCCUAUUUCUAUAACACCACAUACAAUGAAUAAAACUGAUUGGUCUAUAUUAUUGACGGAAUUAACAAAAGAUAUUAAUAGUUUACGUGAAGUAGAUUUAGAUUUGUCUAAUGGAUG